CAGUCCCCAUUACUCAGAUUGUCUCUACAGUCGCUGAGGGCAGUUUGUCGCUGUUUCGCUCCACAGAGACACAACAUUGUUCAGAUCUGUACUGUUCUCAGUUUUUUGUGCUUUUUUAGGGUACUUUACUUUGACAUUAUAAAAAUACUCCGGUAACUUCUCGAUUUGGGUUUUUCUCAGCUUCAUCUUCCACGUCAGGAUGGAUCAUCAGGACUGGCAGCGGGGGAGAAGUAGAGGGCACCGGCGCAGCAACAACAACGACGACGAUGACGAGGCCCAGCCAGUCUACAUCGGCGUUCCAGUUUCCCACAGACGGAAAAGGCGCAGGCAUCGCUCCAACGCCAGUGACCCUGACCGCGACGCGCGUCACUCCCACUAUGAUCACCACACGCACGCCGAGCACUCGCAGCGCGGCUAUUACCACGACGACAGAGAGGAGCACUACGACGAUGACGAUGGCAGUGCAGAGCACCACCAGCACGCCAACCUCUCAGUGUCCCCUGCAGCAGAGCGGCUGCGCCACAUCCUGGGGGAGGAUGACAACACCCCGACGCCCACGAUAUUCACCGAGAUGGACACGCUGCAGAACGAGGGCGGCGAAAUCGAGUGGAAAGAGUCUGCCAGGUGGGUGAAGUUUGAGGAGAAGGUGGAGGAGGGCGGAGAGAGAUGGAGCAAGCCCCAUGUGUCCACGCUGACCCUCCACAGCCUGUUUGAGCUGCGGACCUGUCUGCAGACAGGAAGCAUCCUGCUCGACCUGGAGGGCUACUCACUGCCUCAGAUCGUGGAUGAGAUCGUGGAUCGGCAGAUAGCCGAUGGUCUCAUUCCUCCGGAUCUGAAGGAGAAGAUCAGCUUCGUGUUGCUCCGGAAGCACCGCCACCAGACCAAGAAACCGAUCCACCGCUCGCUGGCCGACAUCGGGAAGUCCUCCGGCGCUGCACCCAACCGCAGUCCUCAGGUUAAUCUGAAAUCUAGCACUAAUUCAGCUUCUGGGAUCCACCGCUCCACAGAAGACCUACACACUCGGCAGUCGAGCAGCCUUAGCCGCCUGCAUCAAGCCCAGAGCCGAAGCAUGAAUGAUAUUUCGGACACGCCAAGCACAGACCAGCUGAAGAAUAAGUUCAUGAAGAAAAUUCCUCGUGACGCCGAAGCUUCCAACGUCCUGGUCGGCGAGGUGGAUUUUCUGGACAAACCCUUCGUCUCGUUUGUACGUUUGGCUCAGGCCACCACUCUGGGAGGCCUCACCGAAGUCCCCGUGCCCACAAGGUUUCUCUUCAUCUUGCUGGGUCCUUAUGGCAAAACCAAGUCCUACAAUGAGAUCGGCAGAGCUAUCGCUACGCUCAUGGUGGACGAUCUGUUUAGUGAUGUGGCCUACAAAGCCCGGGACCGUGAAGACCUGAUCGCGGGUGUGGAUGAGUUUCUGGACGAGGUGAUAGUCCUCCCUCCAGGAGAAUGGGACCCAAAAAUACGCAUCGAACCUCCCAAGAAGGUCCCAUCGGCAGAAAUGAGGAAGUCAGUGCUGAACCUCAACGAGCUGGGUCAAAUGAACGGCUCGGCCGGCGGCGCAGCCGGAGGAGAGGACACGGAGUUACCAGCUCCACAUGAGCUCGGAGAGGAGCUGAAGUUCACCGGGAGGUUUGCAGGCGGAUUAUGGCUGGACAUCAAGCGGAAGGCCCCGUGGAUUUGUAGUGACAUCUAUGACGGCUUCCACAUCCAGUCCAUCUCCGCCGUGGUCUUCAUCUACCUGGGCUGCAUCACCAAUGCCAUCACCUUCGGGGGACUGCUAGGGGACGCUACCGACAACUACCAGGGAGUGAUGGAGAGUUUCCUCGGCACUGCUUUGGCGGGGACUGUGUUUUGUGCUUUCAGCGGUCAACCUCUCAUCAUCCUCAGUUCAACUGGACCCAUUCUCAUCUUUGAGAAACUGCUUUAUGAAUUCAGCAAGAGCAACGGUAUCGACUACAUGGAGUUGCGUCUGUGGAUCGGCAUUCAUUCGUGUCUCCAGUGUUUCCUGCUGGUAGUCACGGACGCCAGCUACAUUAUCAAGUACAUGACGCGCUUCACAGAGGAGGGGUUCUCCAGCCUCAUCUCCUUCAUAUUCAUCUCUGAUGCCAUCAAGAAGAUGGUAGGAGCCUUGAAAUAUUACCCAAUCAACCGCGGCUUCAAGCCUGACUACAUAACUUCCUACAAGUGUGAAUGCAUCGCGCCGGACCAGGCAUCUGUGCUCGGCUUCAAUGUUUCAGCUCCACUCGCAGAUGAUAACAUGACUCUGCUGUUUAACUUGACAGACAUGGACUGGAGUCAGCUGAGUAAGAAAGAGUGCGUGAAUUACGGCGGCACGCUAGUGGGGAACUCCUGUAAGUAUGUGCCCGACUUGGCCCUCAUGUCCUUCAUCCUCUUUUUCGGCACCUACUCCAUGACCGUGUCUCUCAAGAAGUUCAAGUUCAGCCGCUACUUCCCGACAACGCUCCGUUCCCUCAUCAGCGAUUUCUCCGUCAUCAUUUCCAUCCUGGUCUUCUGUGGGGUGGAUCGCCUGAUGGAGCUGGACACCCCCAAACUGCACGUGCCCACUGAGAUCAAGCCCACACGUCCGGAUCGCGGCUGGCUGGUGAUGCCGUUUGGUAAGAACCCGUGGUGGUGGUAUGUGGCCAGCUUCGUUCCCGCUCUCCUGGUCACCAUCUUAAUCUUCAUGGACCAGCAGAUCAGCGCCGUCAUCGUCAACCGCAAAGAGAACAAACUGAAGAAAGGUUGUGGCUACCACUUGGACCUGUUCUGGGUGGGGGUGCUGAUGGCCGCGUGUUCCUUCAUGGGUCUGCCCUGGUACGUAGCAGCUACCGUCAUCUCCAUCGCACACAUCGACUCUCUGAAGAUGGAGAGCGAGUCCAGCGCGCCUGGAGAGCAGCCACAGUUCCUCGGAGUCAGGGAGCAGAGGUUGACGGGCAUUAUGGUGUUUGUUCUGACUGGUCUCUCAGUUUUCCUUGCUCCAGUUCUUCAGUACAUCCCCAUGCCAGUCCUGUAUGGAGUGUUCCUCUACAUGGGAGUGGCCUCACUGAGUGGCAUACAGUUCUGGGAGCGUAUCAAGCUGUAUCUGAUGCCGCCCAAACACCAGCCAGACUUCUCCUUCCUGCGUCACGUUCCUCUGAGACGCGUCCAUCUUUUCACGCUCGUCCAGAUCAUCUGUUUGGCCGUCCUCUGGAUCCUGAAGUCCACCUUCCUGGCCAUCAUCUUCCCAGUGAUGAUUCUGGGUCUGAUGGUCGUGAGGAAGCUGCUGGAUCUGAUAUUCUCACAACACGACUUGGCCUGGCUGGACGACAUCCUGCCAGACAAAGACAAGAAGAAAAAGGAGGACGACAAGACCAAGAAGAGGGAUAAAAAGGCGGCCGAGCCAGACAGCGACGAUGAGCCCAACAGCUCUGUCGUCCCCCCUCCAGUGAAGAUUCCCAUGGAGGCCAUAGAGUCCCACCCUGAGCCUGUCCCCGUCCAUGUUAACCCUCCCUCCCAAAACCAAACCUCUGAUUGAGAUGAACCCUUACUCGACAGUCUCGUCCAAUCAAAAUGAAUUAGACCGCAGCAUCACCCUACACCUGAAGAUCUCCUGCCCUGACUCACCUGCCCACUCCCAGACCUCGAGCCUCGGCCCCGGGGACGCUCCGCCACGCCCGCCGUCACAGCCCCCGCCGCCGCGCCCGCCCGCGCCCCAGCUCAGCAUCCAGGUGGACUCGGACUGCGGCGAGUCUGGCUUCUACUCCAGGCAACACCACCGCUUUUAUCCCCCUCAGGUCUGGCUGCCUCCACCUGAAAUACACAGAGACUUUCGCCAAAAACUGCACGCUCACUUCGGGGACUCCUGUGCUGAGACCGUCCUGUAGACACACUGUUUACACACACACACACACACAGACGUUUGUUUCACUAUCUCUGUGGGGACCUGCCAUUGACAUAAUGCAUUCCCUAGCCCCUUACCCUAACCUUAACCAUCACAACGCGGAUGGUCCCACGCAACGCUCUUCACAAGUAAAAUAAAUGAUCCGUUCACUACUAUUAUUGAAUUUGUGCGUUUUUAUUUAAUUUUAUAGUAUUUGAAGAACUUUUUUUUUUUUUAAAGAAUGUGGAAAAAAAUGACAAAAAUGUUCAUAAUGUGGGGGGAAAAAUCAACAAAAAAAGCGACACAAUUUUGACCCAGAAAAAACGUGCAUGGUGGAACGGGAAGACAACACAAGGGUUAAAUAACAAACAUUAAAUAAGAAAUUAAUUAGAUUUUUCGCAUCAAAAUAACAAAAUAGAACAAAAAUCUCUUCAAAUAAAUUAACUGAGACGCAACAAGUGAAAUGUAAAGGAGAUUACGCGCCAGGACGUUUUAAAAACUCUGUCGUGAUUCUUUUUUAUUAUUAUUAUUAUUAUCUCCUCCGGUUGUAACUUUUAUAUAUUUAUUCACGAUGCAUCGUUACAUCCCGAAUUAUCCCCCGACCUCAAACUCUCUCUCCUCUCCUCUCUCAGGGCACAGCUCCUCCAGUGACAAGAAUAGCUUCAAAGAAACAACCAAAAUGUGUUAAUAACAAUAUAAAUAAUAAUAAUAUAUGCAUGAACCCGCUCUGAACCUGUGUUAGGCAUCAGUAUUAUUGAUCAUUUGUUCAUCUUUGCUUUUUUUCUCUCGAGCAUUUAAAGAAUAAUAGAGAUUUACAUGAUUGUUUAUGUGCAUUAUGGAUGUAAAACCCUGAAAAUGUAAUAAAACGGCAUAUAAAGUUGG